AAUUCCCACGGCACUGCAGGUGAACAAGGCGGAGGAGGAGUGGGUGACGCGGCCGUGCCAGGAUAUCCCCCGUUCCCGAGGGGAUUUGGGGCGAUUCCCUCAUUCCCGCCGGGUCGUUCCCUGUGUAACUCCCUGUGGAAUUCCCGUGGGAUUGCAGGUGAACGAGGCGGAGGAGGAGCGGGUGCGGAGCGAGCGGGAGCACCAGCGGGUGACGCGGCUGUGCCAGGAGGCCGAGGCCGAGGUCCAGGCGCUCCAGAAGUCCCUGAAACGCGUCAUCCUGCGCAGCAAACCCUACUUCGAGCUCAAGGCCCAGUUCAACCAGAUCCUCGAGGAGCACAAAUCCAAGGUGACGGCCCUGGAGAGCCGCGUCUCCCAGGCCAAGACGCGCUACUCGGUGGCCCUGCGGAACCUGGAGCAGAUCAGCGAGCAGAUCCACGCCCGGCGGCUCCAGAGGCUCCUGCAGCGCCGGGAAUCCCCGGUGGGAGCCGAGAGCAGCCCCCGGCACUCCAGCCCGGAGUCACGGGGGGCGGAUUUGGGGGCGGAGUGUCCGGCCGGAGACUCCCUGUCCGUGCUCAGCCUCCAGACCGUCGCCUCCGACCUGCAGAAGUUCGACUCCGUGGAACACUUGGUGGGAAUCUCGGACGCCGCCAGCCUGGGGAGCGACGAGCCCGGGGAGCGGGAGCGGCGCCGGAGCCUCCGGCACCACCGGAGCGUCAGCCUCUGACCCCGAAUUCCCGGGAAUCCCCGCCCCCAACGCACUCGAAAGGCACCGGGAAUUCCACCGAGUUUCUCAGAGUUGUCCCAAAGCCCCCCCCAGAAAUUCCCCAAAUCCCACAGAAACCCUCCCCGAGUUCGCCCGAACACCUCCGAAAUCCCACAGAAUCCACCCCAAAUUCCCCCAAAAUCCCCGCAAAUUCACCCAAGACUGGUCCAGAAUUCCACAAAAAAAUCCCCCCAAACUUACCUGAAAUCCCGCAAAAAUCCAGCCAAAGUUCCCCCCCAAAUCCACCUGAAAUUCCACCAAAAUCUUCCCCAAAUCCGCCCAAAUCUACCCCAAAAUCACCCCCAAAUUCUGCCACCAAAAUCCACCUAAAAUUCCCCCCAAAUCCACCCCGAGUUAGCCCAAAAUUCCUCCCCAAUCCACCCAAAAUUCCCACAAAAUUCACCCCAAAUCCCACAAAAAUCCACAUAAAAUUCCCCCCAAAUUCACCCCAAAAUUCCCCAAAUCUGCACAGAAUCCAGCAGAAGUUCCCCAAAAUUCCCCCCAAAAUCCACACAAAUUUUCCCCCCAAACUCUGCCAAAAUUCCCCCAAAAUUCUCCAUACUUCCACAAAAAAUUCCAGCAAAAUUUCCACAAAAAUCCACCCAAAAUCUACCAGAAUUCCCCCAAAUUUCCCAAAAUUCCCCCAGAUCUACCCAAAAUGCACCCAAAAAUUGACAUCAAUCCCAGGGAAUCCCAAAAAAUCCUGGGAUUGGUGGGUGGUGCCAUCAUGUCCCGUGGAAUUCCUGGAUGAGGCUUGGAAGAGCCUCUUGGACGGUGUCGGUGCCUGGAUUUGGGAUCC